CGGACAUCUCAUCGAUUACCUUCGGUACCCCUCUGUUGAUCAAGUCAACUGUCGUGGAAAGAGCCGCCUGUCUGCUACCAACCAAGACCCUGGGGAUGCAUAAUGACGUCGAAUCAUUGGACGAGGUUGAACACGCGCAAGGUGCGAUAAGACACACUAAGCUGCCAUGGGGAAGGUUGGCUGAUCACGAGCUGCGAGCUUGGCUAAGGUGGACCAGGCAAAGGAGCUAGACUAGGGGUUGGUUCUGUCGAUGUCGAUGGGCUAGCUUGUUUAUCGUCUUAUGUACAUAGCCAGAGUCGAUUUGUGAGAGUGAUCCAUCGAUUUUGAGUUGGAUACAGUACUGUUAUGUAGACUACAGUAAACUUUCUUUGUGUUCAGCUAACGGAACCUGAAAACCCAUUCCUUCUUCCCCCGUAAAAUAACAGGAGUCAAUUGUGAGCCUUCACGAUUUAUCUGGCGCUCUCUGCCUUGAUUCCUUCUUUGCGCAGUCUGUUGCGCUUUCUUGGAAAGCUCACUGCAGCUUGAGUAACAUCAUUUUACCAGAGACUUACUUGCUUGCUCGGAGACUCCGUCCAUCUCUUUUCCCUCAUCAACUCCCUCUCUCCCUCCCUCUGAACCUUGUCCAGAAAAGAAACAAAUUCCAGCUCGUCUCAGUUGUGUUCAUCUCAAUUUUCAAACCCAACUGAGCACAGUCCAGUCCUGCCUAUCCCGCUGCCCAAUCCUUCGUCUCAUCGCGAUUCUUGGUUGCUUGGGCCGUUUUGAUCAUCGCGUCGCAUCGUCUGUACGACUCUCUCGGCGCUGCAUCGUGACAUUGGCAUGCCCGGCAUUCCCUCUUUUUCUCAAGUAUAGAGAUAGGUACAGCUUACGUCUGAUCGCAUUUGUGAGCUUGUUUCUUAUUUAUUGCCUUUCUCUUGUUUGUUCACCUUUUGCAUCAAACAAAAGUUUCUUGUGAUAAAAAUCGCCUAUUACUCGACCGUUGAUUGCAGUACCACUGUUCUACUAUGGAUCCCUCGAGACGGGAGAGCUCGUCGACUGGGCAUCAACUUGGCGACUCGUCUGGCAAUGCAUCUCCAUCGGAUACGCGUCAUCCGCUUGCCCAGGCCGAAUCUGCCGUCCUUCGCGAAGCAGAGGGCUUGUCAGAGAGCUUCCAGUCCACUGACACUGUGCGGCGGAGACCAGAGGGUUAUGGCUCGAUAAGCGGUCCAGCUGCUUCAGGUUCAGCUCAACAAUCAAAAGAGACAUCUCAAGAGCGCAGCUCGGCUCGCGCUACCCAAUCUUCGCGUCCUUCGAGAGGCCCCGAGAGAAUGCGAUCCGUCACUCGACUACGAAAGCCACCAAUGCCUCGACGCCCAUCUUCGAACACGCCUUAUCGCGGCGGUGUUUUCUCAGCCGAUGACGAUGUACACGAGGUAGAAGCCGAUGCCGCCGAACGUCAACAAUCAUAUCGUCGUAGACCUCAGCUCUCGACCCAACUCUCUCGAGUUCAAUCGCACACGAAUGAAGACGAUGAAAAUGACGACACCAACGACGAUAAUGGCGAAUCGACAGAGAGCCCUGCUGAAGCACAAGCGGAUGAAGAAGAGACUACCCCAGUCGAGGGCCAGGACGACUCAGAUGGCGACGUCAGUGAAGCCGAGAGCUUCACCCUCAAGGACAGACAGCAGGCCAUCAACCAGACUCACCCUUUCGGUAUUCGUGUAUGGAAGCCAGCAUUGUACAAGAAGGAUCGUUCAAUUCAGAAGUUUGCACAAGCAGAUAUUCAUUCUGCGCCUGGCGGAAGGGUGAGCAGCUGGCUUCUCGCUUUCAAUUUGCUCUGGACCCUCCUAUUUGGUUGGUGGUUGGCCUCGUUUGCAGCUAUUGGCGCCAUCGUAUGCCUGCUCUUUUCUGCUGCUCCUAGUGGGAGAGAGUAUGGAAGAGUUCUAUGGGGUCUCGCAGGAUAUCUGUUCUACCCCUUUGGCAAGUUUGUCCGUCUGGAAAAGGACGAGACCUACAUGGACGAGGACCAAGAUGAAGGACGCAGCAUUUCUGAAUACGAGCAAUGGCAAAGCGGAGACCUCGAGUACGGCCGAUUGUUCUUUGGACCCGAUCGUAAUCGCUCGAUUGUCGGACGCUCGAGAAGAAGUAUCGAUUCUGAGCCCAGCGAGACGGAGAGCUUGCUUGGACGUGGACGACGCGGUGAACCCGCGGAGCUCCCUCCCCGCAUCAAGAGACGGCUUUUUGGGCGUGGCCAGUGGAAUAUUGGCCGUGUCAUCUUCUUCAUCUUCUUCUACUGUCUCAUUUCGCCUUCGCUCCUCCUUGUAUCCGGUAUCUGUUGGUUCUUGGUUUUCUGGAUCCCCAUGGGCAAGGCUACAUUCUUGCUGUUUGACCACCUUCGACGACAUCCCCUGGCUUUGUCUUUUGAGACCGAUAUUAGAUAUAUCCGUGAAGACGAUGGCCCGAGCUCUUCAGUCCUCCUCUGCACAUACCGUGCUGUAGGAACUCGAUACUGGAAGUACACUGUUGAUGGUACCAAUAUCUUCCUCAUCAACCUCAUGGUUGUCGUCGUCUUUGUUAUCGCCGAUUGGAUUGUCCUUGAGGGCAUCUUCCAUGUUGAAGGAUUCAUUACAUCUCCGGCCUUCCUCUUCUGUGCUGGACUCCUUUCUAUCAUCCCUCUGGCUUACUUCAUCGGGCAAGCUGUUGCAUCUAUCUCAGCUCAGUCUUCGAUGGGUGUGGGUGCUGCCAUCAACGCUUUCUUCGCAACUGUUGUCGAAGUGUUCCUCUACUGUGUUGCCCUUACUCAAGGUAAGGGACAGCUCGUCGAGGGAAGUAUUGUGGGAAGUAUUUUCGCAGGUAUCCUUUUCUUGCCAGGUAUUUCCAUGUGCUUCGGUGCUAUCAAGCGAAAGACGCAGCGCUUCAACGCCAGGUCUGCGGGUGUGACCUCGACAAUGUUGCUGUUCGCUAUUGUUGGCGCCUUUGGCCCUACUCUGUUUUAUCAGAUUUACGGAACCCACGAGCUCAACUGCAUGGACUGUGAGGACUACAACACCGGCGAAAACAGAGACUGUCGACGCUGCUACUUUAGCCAAGCUCCUUCACUUAGUGACAGGUUCUACUUGGAGGCUGUUCGUCCUUACUGUUACAUGGCAGCAGCCAUGUUGUUCUUCUCAUACUUGAUUGGUCUAUGGUUCACUCUCCGAACUCACGCUGCUGUCAUUUGGAAUGCCGAGGUUGAGGAGAAGCGACACGAAGAGCAUAUGCAUUCGUCCAGUCUUCGAACUUCUCAAGUUCACAGCCAUCCUCAUACUCACUCUCAAAACACCGCUGAGACCAGUAGUGCUGAUGUUCGCGAUACUCAACUUUACAAGCGUAUCCUGGGCCAGUCCCUUAAGCAGUCUGGUUACACAGAAGACCUCUCUCGCCAGAGCUCUACAACCGGACAGACCGCCCCUGCCAAUGGCUCAGCUUCGACUCCCCAUGUUGUGCCUCCUAAAUCCAGCGGCGGUGAGCAGUCUCGCUCUGCUCUUCAUGUUCCUGGUCUAAGCGAUGCCGACAACAAGAUCCUCCAACGUGAGGUGACUGAGAUUGCUGCCGCGGCUGCGACGAUUGCAUCGCGCGAACGCAUGUCGCGAAAGCCAUCAACUGUGCCCCCCACUCAUGCUCCGGGCGCUCGUCCUUCAGCGAGCCGUCAACACACCCACACGCAUGCCGAGACUGAGGGCCCUGCUACCGAAGCUCACCAAGCACAUGGCGGUCAUGAUGCGCCCAACUGGAGUCGUGCCAAGAGUGCCAUCAUCCUUCUCGGAGCAACCGUUUUGUAUGCCAUUAUCGCUGAAAUUCUGGUUGAUACUGUGGAUGUUGUUUUGGAAAGCUUCUCGAUUGACCAAAAGUUCCUUGGUAUUACCUUGUUCGCCCUUGUUCCCAACACUACUGAGUUUUUGAACGCCAUCUCCUUCGCUAUGAACGGAAACAUCGCCCUUUCCAUGGAGAUUGGUUCGGCUUACGCUCUGCAAGUGUGUUUGCUCCAGAUCCCCGCGCUCGUCUUCUACUCGGCCUUCUGGCCAGGUGUCCCGGAGGGUGGUGACCCGGCGUUGUAUACUUUCUCGCUUCUCUUCCCUCAGUGGGAUCUAGUCACGGUCAUUCUGUGCGUGUUCUUGUUGAGCUACAUGUACGGUGAAGGAAAGAGCAACUACUUCAAGGGUAGCAUUCUUAUGUUGACCUACUUGGUUGUCGUCAUUGGCUAUUACUUCAGUGGAUAUACGGAUGAUGCUAUGGGCAUGGAGCGAUUCGAUGUCAUGGGAGCUGAUGGUAAAUACCAGAGCUACAAGACGAUCGGUAGAUCAACGAGGGGCAUGGCAUUCCCAGCAUGAGUUGCUGGUUGGUGAGAAAGGGGUUGAGUAGUUGUGUGGGGAGAAUGUGCAUUUACAUGGACCGUUAAUACUGGACGAACAUACACUACAUCAUACAUAGUACAUUCGAUGAGCCCUUGAUUCGAGGGUCUGCAUUGUUUGGUGUUUACAUUUCAAGAGGUUAAUUGUUUUAUGGUGGGCUACUGAGUUAUGAGCAUUGGGAAUGCGAUGGAUUUCAUUAUGGACUGGUCAUUGUAAGGUGUUAACAUCUGGAUUUAGUCUUUCCUCACCAUUGUCAUUCUAUCACAAUAACCUUCAGCUCGGGUGACAACGUGAUUAAGUCAAAGAUAUGUUACUGAUAUUGACAAAGGCCUAUUAUAUGUAUGACCAGACAAGAUAUGUAAAGAUACUAUGUACAAAGAAGUGACAUGCUGCCAGAUGUGAUAUUAUAUCAACCCCUCAUCUCAAACAAGGUGUUUCGUUUAGGCCAUGCCGAAGCCAGCGGAGGUCAUGACGCUCUUGGCGCUGUUGUAGUCAGAAGCACUAGCAAUGGUCUUGCCCUUGAAGUUGCUGAGGAAGCCAGUGUUGGUGCCACCGAGAGUACCAGAGCUGCCGAAGCCGUUGAGCUGACAGUUGCGGCCAAGAGAAGCGGCACAAGCAGAGCCAGAGGUAGGAACACCGAAGAGCUGGCCCUGGUAACCCUUGGAGUCAACGGGGUACUUGACGUUCUGGAAGAUGUUACCCUCAGCGAGGACAGAGCCAGAGUCGAUCUCGAAAGCGUGGUCAGGGACAUCGUGGAAGAAGUUGUUGACGGCGUGGAGGAGAGUGUUGCCAGAGACCUUGGGGCCACGGCCGGAAACUCGGUAGACGUAGUUGUUCUUGAAGGUGACGAGAUCGUUGGAGCCGGCGAAGUAGAGACCCCAGUAGUGGUAGUUGUUGCAGCUAGCAGACCAGCUGGUGGUACCAUCAAUCUUGCUGUUGGAGAUGGUGACACGGUUGCAGGCGUUGUUUCCGAGGACAAUGUGCUGACGACCGAUGAGAGAAGUGGUAACAUGGUCGAUCCAGACGUUGUCAGUGUUGUCGAGGGUAAUGGCAUCACCACCCCAGACGUAUUGAGGGUUAAGCUCAGUGAUGUGAACGUUCUGGAUGAUGACGUUCUUGGAACCAACGAUUCGGAGACCCUUACCGCGGAUGACACCCUUGGAGCCAACGCCGAUCAGGGACUUGUUGGAGCCAACCUUGAUACCCAGAAUACCGGCCUUGUCAUACUUGACGUUGACCUUGGGGGCGUUGGGCUGGUAGUUGCCACACCAGUUGUUCUGAUUGAUGGCAGUCUGGCACUUGGAUCCAGUUCCCCAGGGAGCACAACCAGUCUCGCUAGCGGUACCCUCGGUGCCGAUAAAGUUGAUGGUGCGGUCGAGGUAGAUAACUCGGGCGGAGGAGUCGCCGAGGUAGGAGACGAGCUCAGCGGCGGUCUUGGGGUAGACGGCUCCAGCGUUGCCUCCUCCUGUGGUGGAGGAACCGAAACCCUCGGCGCGGGUGGGAAGAGCGCCGAGGACGGAGGGCAGAGCGGCGGCGACCGCGAAUAGGGUCUGGAAGAGAGAAGGCAUGUUGAUAUAGGGAGUGACAGUGGCAGUAUGUUAUGUGUAAGUGAGGACUGUAAGAAGAAACCAGAGACCCAGCUACUGGUUGUAUGAGAAAGAAUGAAGGA